AUGAAAACAUAAUCUACAAGCUCUACUUUACCUCAAUCAAAUAAGGAUUCAUUCUCUCCAAUGUUCAAGUAAAUUCCAGUCCCUCAGCAAUCAGUCCUUAAACAGAAAUCUGAUUCUCAGUAUGGAAAUCGCAAUAAAUAAUCAAUACGCGGAAACCUCCAUUAUCGCAUGAACUUUCAAGAAAAUAGUAUGCAGUAUACAUAUUUUAAGGUGUACUUCAAAGACAGUAUGAAAAAGAAAUAUGCAAUUGAUAUUGAAAAUGAUUAUGAUUAUCCAUAAACAUGCGAUUUUGUGGAAAGAGUAGUGAGAUAACUCAAUGAAUAAUACGAUUUAAACCUCCCCUUUUGCGCUUCCAAUUAUUGCCUUUAUUUUGCAAAAAAGAAUGGAUCAAGAAAUUCAAGUUAUCCUGAAAUAGAUAUGUAUAACACAAAUAUUCAAACAGCACUUAAGUACCAUGAUAAGAACCUAUUCAGAUUGAAGUUUAAAAUUUCUGAUUCCCAAAAGAACUCAUUUAUGAAAGAGAGUUCUAUAAUGAUUUCUUAGGCUGAAAAUCAAGAUUUGAAUCUGUCUGAUAGCAAAAUGAUAUAUUCUUAAAAUGGAAAAAACUUAGACAGGUCUGUUCUAACAAAUAUAACAAAUAAUGCUUAGUAAAAUGAAAAAGCUGAAAAUAAAUUAAAUUAAAAAUAUAAUAUCAAGGAAUAAAAAUUUUAAGAGUCAAAUUAAACUGGGUUGUUCGGCUGCUUUAGACUCUGCUGA